CCAAUCACUGGGACGCUCCUUCUUGCCCUCGGAAAUAGCUCCUUAUUCCUUAGCACCCGGUUUGUGGCAAACCCGUAUACCCUUUCCCCUUCCGCGUAAGAUAAAGCUCCAGUCGAGUCACGCCAAGCAAGAAACAUUUUAUCUCCUUCAUCCCUUCAUUGGCACUGAAUGCGCAUGCGCCGUGACACACCGUCACACAGCGACAAGUCGAACAUCGUUUAUUUUUUCAGUCCCGGCGUAAGACAUCGGCGAACGAGCAGUCGGAGGAUACGCGCCUUCGGUGUCCAACAUGAGCAUCGUCACACGCAGCAAAAGCCGCAAGAACGCCGGCGAAGCCUCCGCCACCGCGGAAUCCAGCACUAGAACACCCGAUGGCGCCACUGCGGUCACGGGCCAAAACAACAAGCAGAACGACUCGGCCGACACCAGCUCCUCCCAUAAGUGCGGCGAAUGCAGUAAGGCUUUCGCCCGUUGGCAUCAUUACCGAAGACACCUCGCCAUGCACCUGUACGAGGAGGCCAUCCGGGCCGAUCGCGAGGCGUCCUCGGAGGCGGACACACUCAACCAGUUGACAGGUAUUACCAAGCACGGAAGGCCCGGUUCCCUGCUGCCGGUUUCCGCCAGCCGCAAUGACGCCGUCGCAAGCUGCAGUUGCGCGGUUGGGAACGGAGCCUCGCUCUCAUUGAAAGGCGACGCAAGGAUUCCCGACGGCACCAGGGAAGUCCAGAGCAAGCCGAUCGACACCAGAGGCAACGUUUGUGGCUUGUGCGGGAGGUUCUUCAGCCGCUUUCAUCACUACAGACGACACCUGGCCAUGCACGCCUACGAGGAAGCGAUCGCCGAGGAGAGUGGUGCAUCGAACAAAUCGAAAGACGCCCUAGACGAGCACCAAUGGCAGCGCGAGGGUGAAAGACUUCGUCGAUGUCCUGAUUGUGGCAGCGACUGCUGCCCUCGCCAUACGCCAGACGCGGCGAAGAAAGCGAGCGCCGGUUCUUCAGUUUCAUCGCAGUCCAGCGGCAGGGGCCCCGAAACGUCUGGCCCACGCCCAGCCCCAGGGGAGGUCUCGUCCACAUCUGAAGGCGGUGCAAGGAAUGAAACCGAGGAGACAAGCCAGCAAUGCGCCUGCGCCGUCUGCAACAAAGUUUUCGUCUGCCAGUACACCUACCACCUUCGGCUCCCCCUGGGCAGGAGAGACGGCUCGCACAUUUGCCCCGAAUGCCGCCGCGUAUUCGAUCAAUUGGGCCGUUUAAACUUGCACCGAGGCGAGUACACCGGAUAGAAAGGCCGCAUGUGUCACGAACGUCAUAGUUCCUCUCACAAAAAAAAAAAAAAAAGAGCUUCAUCUCUUGAAGCAUCUUCCCACUUGACACUGGUGGAUUACGUCCCACCUAUCUCGAGAUAAUGAAAAAAAAAUUCAUUUGCGAACGAAACGAACCUCCUAUAACCUGUACCUGGCCUGAAACGCCGUCUGGAGCGAAGAUUUUUACAAAUUUUAUAAGGGCCAGGAAAGUGCCAGCGCUGGAUGCUUCGGGAACAUCGGUGAAAGUAUGCAUCAUUUAAUGUGAACUGCCGCUUUCACAGUGAUUGAGAACGAAAAAGAAAGCUUUCGACUGACAUCUGAUAUGGCAGUAUUACCUUCUAUGUGCACUGCUGCUUAAACUUCUGCGCACAUGGCAUCAGACUAGCCGAUGCAUGGUCCGUAACGGUGAAGCGGAAGAUUUUUUGUCGUCAGCGGUUGGCCCGUGUAUGUGGCAGGCGCGUAACGCCAGGUUUGCCGUUUCGCAGCGCGUCUUCGGCGCUGUGCCACCAACAAGGCUCCACCUGGACCGGUUAUACCUACGCAACGCGCAGCCUUGAACGAGCACUGCUGUAUAACGUGCAAAUGAAUAUUUUACAAUAAAAAAAUAAGACU